AUGUUCCGAACAGCCAUCCGGCAAGCCGCCCAAAAGGCAUCAACAUCAACAGCCUCCAAUUCCAGCGAGCUGCCACAAGCCUUUGUCAAACUCCCCCACAUCAGUCCCGCUCUUCUCACACAGUACCCGGCCAAGAAAACAUGGCCGCCCGAUUUCAAGACCAUGAGCCCGCAGGAACAGCUCAAGUACGAGAAGCGGUACAAGAGGAAGAUUCACCACAUUGCGCAGAGGCCGAGAUGGAACAAGAUGGUGCAGUUGGCGCAAUUGGGGACUAUUAGUUUUGUCCUCAUUUACUGCCUGCUGUUUGCGGACUGGAAGGACGAAAGGCAGCCUUUCUAUGAGUUCCGACAGUGGUUCUGGAACUCCCUUGGCUUCGAAUAUGAAGCUCCCAAGCCCGUCGCGAGGAUCCAGUCCCAGGAGUCGCAGGCUAGCGUCCAAGGCGGGUCCCGUCCUCGGCAGAUGUAGUGUUGGACAGACAGGUCUGAGGCUUGGGAUUGACAGGACCAAGCCGAUUGUAUCAUGCUUUGUAUAGUAUCCUUUUGUGGGUGUUUGGCGUUGUAAUACCUUGGGGAGGUGUGGGUAUCUAUGGUUUCUGCUCCUUGCUGGUAUCAUGCUUAUGUGGCAUCUUGUCGCCUUCUUUGAAUGCCGGUUACUCGAGAGCUGUAUGAGCUCUGAUCCCGUCUAACAGCUUCCAGUCUCUUCAUGGCCACCUCCUAGAGACCCCGAACACCGGAGCGCAUCAAUGUAAAGACCAUGCUG